AUGUCUAAAAGCCCGUUGCGUCCUGGACCCUCGAAAGAAGAGCGCGGCUUCAUGUUUGUUGAUUUUCAGGCUGACGUGUCUCAAGCUAUUGGAGUCGGGAGGCAGAAAAAGGCCUUCCUUUCCAAACUUGCUCAUCAGAGAAGGAAGCAAGAGUCCAUAAAUAGGCUGAAAUACUCUCGACCCUUUCGGAACAACAUCUCGCAGGAGGGGAAUCCACCCCAGCAGACAGCCCCUUCGGAGGCUAACUCAAUGCAGGCCCCAGCGAAGCAUGAAAUAUGGUCAUUAACAAGAUACGUUGGCCAAGGUUAUGUGGAUCCAUUUGACACUUAUUCAGUGCCCAUGACGGAUGCCAUGAACAUGUAUUUCUAUCAUUACCGAGUUCGGGUCGUCUCCUUUGCGUAUCCUCUCGAUGCUGCUCGGAUGAGUAUUUUCUGGUCGCGGAACGCAGUCGUUUCGCCCGCUUUGCUGCAGACUUUCCUCUUCCUGGCUGCCACGCAUAAAGCGGCUCUGGAGUCCAAUCAAGGGGUCUCGUCCCAGGUUAUUCAAAAGACUUUCAGAGAUUCCAUCCGUUUCCGGGUUAAUGCCAUCAGAAUCUUAAACGACCUUCUCCAGGAUCCCACAACAGCGGCAGCAGAAUCUACCAUAAUGCUUGUGGGCGCAAUUAUGGCAUUCGAGGCACUCAAUGCAGAGUUCAAGUCACUGCAGGCUCAUAUGAAAGGCCUAAAAACACUUAUAAGAUUGAAAGGCGGGUUGCAUGCAUUGGAUCAUAUGACGCUGUCAAAAAUAUACCAGUACAAUGCCCUUCUCAUUUCUGUCAGCGACGUGGCGAGUGCGGCUCUGCAGAAUUCAAGGCCAAGCUUCCCGAUGGUGCCUAGAUUUCGUAGCGGGAUCCUGCAGGAAGCAAGAAUGUUCCACAGAGGGGUUAGCGACUUUAGAUCUGGGAUCCCUGCUGCUCUAACCUCUCUCGGCACUCGCUUUGCCAGGACUUCCUGGUAUUCCGAGCUAGAUUCAUCCAUGAAAUACACUAUCGACGUAUGCCAACGGCUCCUUUUGCACCUUGAGAUGGCAACUAUAAUGCCCAAUGUUGUCAUGCCCACAGACAAUGACCUCUACCUCCUUUUCCAACAUCAUCUCCUUUCCCUCCACUACCCCAUUCGAAAAAAUGAUUUGAAUGAGCCAAUUCGUCGAACGCUCUUCAUAUACUUAUUCCUGUGGGUCUCGUACUUCCAGAGCUUCCCAAUUAUGCAGCACCUGGUUGAUGCGCUCAGAGAAAGCCUAGUCCUUAGGCUUCCAUAUCUGGAGGUUACCGCUCCCGACUUACUAUUCUGGAUUCUCUUCAUUGGAGGCAUGGCGUCGCAGGGAUACAGCUCCCAUCCGUGGUUUGUGGUUCAUAUUAGGGCCAUGGCGGUUCGUCUUGAGCUGGAGCAAUGGGACAAGGCCCGACCUGUACUCAUGGAGUUUUUCUACACUGGUCAACCUGGACAGAAGGAGGCGGAGGACUUGUGGAAUGAGCUGCUGGCCCCUUCAUACCCUUAUAUAGCUCCCAAAACUGCGUUGGCGGCUCUCGAAAUCCAUCGGACGAAUUGA